CAAAAUGUGUGGUUGGGCCAGCACAACUGGACACCCAGGAAGACGUGUGGCUGGGGUUAAAGGCAGUCUGCGCACAGAACCCCCUCUUGCUCAGGAACAUCAGUCUUUGGUCUGUUAAGGGCUUUGACUGAGUGGGUCAGGCCCACCCAUGUCAUGGAGGGUGAUCUGCUCUACUCAAAGUCCACCAACGUCAACAUUAACCUUAUCCAAAAAUACCUCCACAGGAAUGUCCACAAUAAUGUUUGACCGAAUAUCUGGGCACCAUGGCCCAGCCAGGCUGACACAUAAAACUAACCAUCACACAGGGAGAUGAGAGAACAAGACAAGGAGAAGAGGUGGCAAGACUGGGGGCCCCUCAGCUCGUCAAAUGGUCACAAAAUGCAGGCAAACUGCUGGGCAGCUGGGCUUUGUGCACAGUUACGCGGGGAGAUCCAGGAGCCCUAGGGACUGAGGUUGGGGAACCCCCACCCCACCCCCAAGCAGAGGAAUGCACAGAGAGCAGCUGGGGGCCUCGCACCUCACAGGGCAUGGAAUCGGGCGCUUUGAGGCAAGUUUACCAGCCUUGGGGUGGGAGAGGCUGCCAUUGACAUUUAGGUCCCUCGUUUUCAUUUUCUUUGGUUGAGCUUUCAUCUGCUUGAGCCCCCCUGCCCUGAACUGGACACCGAAGACCCGCUGCUCUCUUCCAGUCAAGGCACAUCCAGCCGACGGUCAUGCUGCCUCUCGUUCAGAUGAAGGGCAGGGGUAGGUGCUGUAGAGUGUCACAGAGUGGUCCUUCCCGCAGAACACAGGUUCCAAGCCCUGCCUCAAGAAAAAGUUUUUCAAGUCUCUGGAUAGAGACUUGCUUUGGGUAAAAGUAGACAUUGUUCCACUGCAUCUAGGAGAGAUUUCUUUUAAAAUAACAUCCACUCUUCUUGCCCCACUCACAAAUAUGUUUACUGCUCCAUCUGUAGAAUAAUCCUGAACUGUGGCCUUUGGGAGGAUGAAUUCCUGUCUCUCCUCAAAAAAGGGGACGGGGAGGGCUGUUGGCAGGUGGCCCUCCACAGUCACUGCAACUCGAGCCUCUUCUUCUAUUUAUAACCACGUCCACACCACUCCGAGGCUCAGCUGCAAACACUGGACUCAGUUGAGAAGGAAAGUGGUCAAUACAAAAAACGACAUUACAAUGUCCAACUCUGACUGCCUUCCCGACUACCCGGUCACCUCAGAUCUGGUGAAGAGAUUAAAGUCUGCCCUGGACGCCAGCGAUGAGGAAGGUGUGAGGCGCUUGAUCUGCACGGAAGUUGGGCACGUGGAUGCCGUCAUAGAACUGGCCAACGACGACUGGAUGAAAGACCCCUCAGCCCAGCUGCCCCCUGGGGUGCUAGUAGAAAAUAGAAAAAGAGUCUCAAGGAAGAGCUGGGUCCCCGGUGCUCGAGUACCAUGCAGCCUUGGUCUCGGGAGACCUGUACCGCCUAGAGCCUCUCAUGGACCGGUUCUUCCAGGAUGCCAACGUGGUGUUUGAGAUGAAGAAGGAUGAGAUGGAAUGGCAGGUGACAUCUUCAGCCACGUUUGGACUGUCAGGCCUCUGGACCCUGGAGUACAAACGCGAGCUCACCACGCCCCUGUGCAUCGCCGCGGCCCGCGGCCACACGGCCUGCGUGCGCCACCUGCUCGGCCGCGGCGCGGACCCCGACGCCAGCCCCGGCGGCCGCGGAGCGCUGCACGAGGCCUGCCUGGGGGCGCACACGGCCUGCGCCCAGCUGCUGCUGCGGCACGGCGCCCACCCCGACCUGCCCAGCGCCGAGGGCCUGGCGCCCCUGCACUGCUGCCGCACGGCCGCCUCGCUCGGGUGCGCGCAGGCGCUGCUGGAACACGGCGCCCCGGUGCACCGCGCGGGCGGCGCGGGCCGGGACACGCCGCUGCACGUGGCGGCGCAGCGCGGCCUGGACGAGCACGCGCGCCUCUACCUGGGCCGCGGGGCGCGCGUGGACGCGAGGAACGCCCGCGGCGAGACGGCCCUGAGCGCGGCGUGCGGAGCGGCGCGGCGGCCCGACGAGCACGCGCGCUCCCUGCGCCUGUGCGCGCUGCUGCUGCGGGGCGGGGCGGCGGCGGACGCGCGCGACGAGGACGAGCGCAGCCCGCUGCACAAGGCCUGCGGCCACGCGCGGCCCGACCUGGCGCUCCUCCUGCUGCGGCACGGCGCCGACCCGGGAGCGCUCGACUACGGCGGUGCCUCGCCACUGGCCCGCGUGCUGCAGGUGGCCGCCUGCGCGCCCGACCCCGCCCCGCAGCGCACCGCGCAGGCGCUCCUCAACCACGGCGCCCCCGCCAUGUGGCCCGACGCCUUCCACAAGGUGCUGAAGGCCUGCGCGCCGGCGCCCGCGGUCAUUGAGGUCCUCUCGAACUGCUACCCUCAGCUCCAAGUGGCAGAGUCCUGGAAGGCCGUGAUUCCCGAAGAAGUAUUUCAGGUAGGGGAGCUGCCCUUUCUUCCCCUUGAGUGCAGAAUUGUCAUCUGUGUCUGCUUAGCCGUGUGUGGAGUGCUGCACUCACACCCAGAAGCACCAGCCUUUCUACCAGUCCUUCUUUGCCUUGGCCUGCACCCCACGCUGUCUGCAGCAUCUUUGCCGCUCCGCCAUUCGGAAAUCAUUUGGCAAGGAGUGCUUCGACCUCAUACCCCUGUUACCCUUGCCCAAGUCCCUGCAACAUUAUCUCCUUUUGGAGCCAGAGGGGGUUUUGCACUGAAAACCAGAGUGUUUGGACUAAGGGUCUGGCUCUCACCUUCUCCCUCCCGGGGAGGCGGCAUGUGGAGGAGAGCUCCUGGACGAGGGGGUAGCAGACCAGCACCAGACCUCCCGUCCCCGCCGGCCUGGCGGACGCACCACGCACAGGUUCACCUCAGAAUGGAGUUGGUAUAAAAGCCCUCUUUGCCUCUCAGGGUUGCUUACAACAUUCAAAAUUGUGAAUAUCUUGCUUAGUAUAGCAGAAAGGACCUUGCAGAAGGUGAAUAAAUGGUAUACAUAUUUUUCCAAGGUUUGUCUCCUUCCUACAAUGACUUGGCAUCCAUUCUACCCAGCCUUCGGACCUUUGCCUCGUGUGAAACGUCCCAUUCCUUCUGGAAAGGCCCUGUCCCCAGCACAUGACCAGUGUAUCUACUGAGAGAAGACACCUGCUUCCAUGACAAGGGUGCCUUCCCAGGUGCCCAUGGCUGCCUCCCGGCACGUUGCAGCCCAGAGCCCCAUAGGUGGAUAAUGGAGGGGUGGUGUGCCAGAAGUUUUGAUUCUGUGUGAGUCUUCUUACACCCUCACCAAACCCCAAAUGAUUCAUCUCCAGUGAACGUCCAGGAAUAGACUCGGGGUAAUGAAGGUUGCCAUCACCCAGCCUGAGUAUCACCUAACAGAGCUGUUCUAAGGGUCCAGGAUUGCGUUAACCAUGUCUUCUAUAUUCUGGUACUUUGACAUUUGGGGCCCUGCUGGCCAUGGAGGGACUGCCCUCCCCAGAUUAGUCAGCUCCUAGAGGGAGUAACAACCUGCCCCUACCCAUGCUUUUCUGAUGUAAACCAGAAAAGCAGCCAGUCCAGCGGUCACACCCCAACCACCUCCUUCAUUAAGCUCCCACUCUGGGCCACUCUCCACCUGUCCUGAUCACCCCCGGGCCAGGUGCCAGACAGGCCCAGACAGCCAUUAUAUCCCAGAGCCUGCUGCAGUUAUUCAAACUAGCGAGUCCUAAACCUGUCUGUCCUGCCUCUAUCCUGUCUGUCCAUCCCUUCCACGGAAACCACAAUGAAGACUCUUACGCACCUCCCCUCCCUCUACCUCCUGACCACCCCUGGUGCUUCCCCACAUGGCCCCAUGGCAUGGCGUGCCCCUUCUCUUCAAAAUGGUGAGUGAUAAACUGUGUUUUCAGUGGCAAUCAUCUCCUGAUCAGUUGGCCGUACUAGACCUCAGAUUUUCUAAAACUCCAUAUUUUUAAAACAAAGAUUCUUUAUGGUUAUCCUCUGAGCACACCAAUGGCUCUGUUUUUCCCACUUGAGCCACUGCAUGGUGCUGCAGGGAUGAGCCUUUAAAGAGUGAGGCACACCUUCCCAUUGCUGCAGUACGGAAGAGGGGUUCACGUCCCAGAAAACAACUAGAGUGCAAGGUAGGACGUUGUGUGCACCAGUGAGGAACCCCACUGUGGAGGUGAAACUGGGCCAGGCAGGGCCCACCCCGUGAGAGGGGCAUCAUGAAAGGGCAGCCAGGCUGAUCAGAUUCCCACACCGGGGUUCUGCCAGAGGAGUGAUAGGACAGCACCCCAGCACCUGCAGAUGACCCUGCCACAUCCCACCCUUUCCUAGACAACUCACCUGACCUAGAAAAAGGCUAUAAAAACAUGGCCUCGAGAACCCCGCACCCACAGCCCAGGCAGAUGGCUCUCCCCAGUCCCUUCCUCAGGAGACAUCCGGAAGUCCUCACUGUAUCAGAAGGGAAACUUGAAUGGAGGCAGCAGUGCAGGAAAGUUCAGGGCACCUGGGAGAAAUGGAGAUUUGUCCUCCUGGAGGGGACAGUCCAGUUACUUUGGCAAGAGGAAGGAGGCAGGGGUGGAGGGAUGGGGGGCAUAUCAGGAGGGCCUUGGCUUCUGGACCAAAAAUUCUGAACCUCACUGGACAGGCUGUGAAGGUCCUCAGGGCAGCUGAGCUGCUAUAGUCACAGUGGGGCUCCAGGGAGAUUGCUUUGUCCUGGAAAGGGACGCAGGGCACUGCAGGACAAGUGGGAGCCUCUGGGAGCACCCUAGAGACAGGGCUUCAGAGCCUGGCUGUCCCACUGAGCAAGAACUUAACCAAAAUUUGCUCUGUGGGAAUAUGAAUGUAUCUGCACCUGUCACAGGGUUGGGAGUCAGCGAAUUAAUGGACGUAAGGUAAGGCGUUUGCAAUGCUAAAGGGACCUUGAAAUGCAGAUUCUGACCUUGGAGGUCUGCGGGGAGGCCCCGUUCCUGUGGGUCUGUGAACUUGAAUGUUUCUAACAGGCUUGUAUUUUGUCCCACCAAGAACAGAGACUGCAGAGCCCCAGGCCCAGAGAAUAAGUGAUUCCUUCUAUUAUGAUUGUUUUAUUAUUAUUAGAAGAAGAUAGCCUAACAUUGGGAUAAAGUCUGUAGAAAGUAGAAAAGCAAAGUCACGUCACAUAUCAGAACAAGUAAGAGGGGCGAGAACGGCAAGAAGCACAGCCACUGGGGGCCCCCUGUCCUCACUGCACUUUGCAAAUUAGAAUCUGAGUGAAGAUGCUGGCUUUACAGACGGCGUCCUACAGCCACCUCUCUCCCUCCCAACCCCACUUAGAAAACAGUUUUGUUGUGUUUCUGAAAUGUAUUUAAUUUUAAGUAUGUUUUGAGGUACUGAAACAAAGCAGAACUCUUAAAACAUAUUGAGUUUCUAUUUCUAAAAUUCUGAUGAAUGUUGACCAAUUCUAGGUUUCCCAACACAUGUUUUUCCCCAAAUUACAGGUUAAAAAAGACAACAGGAUUCUCACAUUGAGCUCCAGACAUCUCCCCAUUGUUACCUGAAAUGCCACCAUUGUGGAGGAAUUCUUUCUUUUGCAUUACUUUCACCCCCAGAAAUCUUCGGUUAAAAUUCGGAUCUGCUAAAAAUCAGAUUCUGUUAAAAGUCAGCUCCCAGGAAGCGCUGAUCCCUUAAAGUUCCUUAGGGUUACACCAUUCCUCGUCAGGUCCAUCAUUGUUUCUCUUUUAUCCAAUCCUGACUGAGCCUGCUGGGGGCAGGGCCAGUGCUUCGGGCUGAGGACUGGUCACCAGCAAGGUAGGGUGCCCGGAAGCUCACAGCCAGAAAGCCACCUUGUCAGCAAGGCUGCUGGACAGGUCUGGGCACCCUGGGGGAAGAGGGGAGAGGAGGGGCUCCAUUCUCAGCAACCCUCUGUCUGGUUUCGCAUCUGUGUCAAAUGAGGGCUGCCGACUCCCGGGGCAGACAGCAGUCUGGGCACUUUAUGGCCUCCUUGUCCAUCACUCUCACCACUGUGCCUUACACACAGUCACGUGACAUCCAUGACAAGCACCCCGCCCCACCCCACCAGCCAAUACCGACACCACCAGUCCCUCACUCUGGGUCAGUACAUGGUAAAGAACUGAACCCCCUAAGAUGAAAGGAGUCUUUACCCUGCCCCCAUGACAUCGCAGCUGCACAAGAAUAAGUAACAGAUAAACUGGCACUAGAAAUUAGUUGUGAGUUACCUGGGCUCUAGUGGCUGUCCAGUGGUGCUGAAUAAUGUUGCUGACUUAUGGUCAUGUCUGUGAGCAGCAAAACUGCUUGGUGGUGGUGUCUGGGCUCUCCUAACCAUCAAAUGAGAUGGAGGUCAUUCAUAGCUUUUCAGAAUGUGAUUACAGAUAGCAAUUUGCUUUAUUAACCAAAAAGUAGUAUCAGAAAAUUUGUUGUUUUGAUGACUGUGUCUAGCUAUGCUCUAUGCUACAUGUAUCAGAAAGUUCUGAAAUUAAGGGGACUUGCAUAAUUCCACAUAGAUAAGAAUGAGAAGGAGGAGGAGGAGAAGAGAGGAGAGGUGAGUGGGGAAGGGAAGGAAGGGGGGGAGAGGCAGAGAAGUAAGUUAGCUGAGAUAAAUAUCCAAGAAGACAUUCUGCUUUGAAGCUAGAAGUUUCCUGGUUGACUUCUUUUCCAGUGAAUAAAAUAUAUUCUGGUUAUUUCUUUUAUCAAAUGGUCUAAAGAAAUGUUUUCCAUUCUUGUAUGGUUGAUAUUAGACCAUCAUUACUUUUCUCUUUGAAUGAUUGCAUAAACUCAAUUCUAUAAAACUAAAUUGUUUUCUUUAAUUUCAAUUUCAAUUUUUAAUGAUGCAUUCACAUAGUUGAAAAUUCAGAAGGCCUCAAAAGAGUAAAAUGCUGUUUCUACUAAAAAAAAAAAAGGAAUAUUUUCUCUCCAAUUUUUCUUGACUAUCUUUGACUAUACCGCUUGUCACCUAACCAAAAGAAUUUUUCAAAAAUAUACAAGGGAGGUUUUCCACCCACAACGGGCCUGAGGUGGUUCUCCUCCCUCCACCCUGACUGUACCCUGGGCAUGAUGCAAUGUCCAUAGCACAGCAGGAUGGCCAGACAGGACCCACAGUCCUCGGGCGCUCAGUACGUGGACAUGGGACCAUGUGACUUUAUUGUGUUUAAAAUUCUGAACAGAGCAUUGAGCCUCUCUUUUUAGCAUAUUUGUGUACAUUUAACUUUUAAGUUGCACGAUAGCCAUUAAUUCAGCAUGUUUUGAAGAAAAUCAAAACCACAGACUCUUGAAGAAGCAGUUUGCUAAUCCCAGUAACUGUAGAUAAUCAUUACAUUUCCAAUCUCCAGAAUAACCCUUUAAACACACGUUGACGGGGCAGGCUGUUGAACUUUUUCGAAGAACACUUAACCCUCUACAAAAAUUGUGUAAAAUACGGGCUUGGAGAAUGAGCUGGUCUGCUCCAGUGACCGGUCCUGAUAUGGGGCGUCUAUAAUGGAGCUUAAUCACUGCAACUGUGGUUGAUAUUAGCUUUCCAAGUGCUUUUCAUGUCUUAAGGGCUGCCCAAGGACCAAGUGAUAAAGCAGGAAUAUUGCAUUGUUCAUUCCAUUAUUUCAGGAAUAAAUUAUUCUUUAGUCAAAUUUUCUAUGUGCACUCGAGAUAUUCAGAAGCCCUAAAGAUUCAACUAUUAUCAAUACUGUUUCUUAUUUUUGGACUUUAGUAUACUUUUCAAACUCCCAGGUGUGUCUUGAAAUUGUCAAAAUCUUUCUAUUUUAAAAUAAAAAUGAAGGUUAUUAAAUUGCUAAAAUAAGCCUGAGGUUAAAUUUCUAGAGCCUAGUGGAGGAUUGAAGUAUUGAAAAUCAUUUUCAUAGAGUCCUGCAGGUGGCGCCAUAAGCAAGCGGUCUUACCCUCGUCUGCUGAGCCGUGCUCCCCACAAAGAGAAAACAAGAUUUUAGCUCACAUGAUAAAGUACAGAAGAACUAUAGAAUAGUGAUGCAUCGUAUAGAAUUGUGCUGCUAUAAUUAAAAAAUCAGUAAUUAAAAUAUUGAUUAUGGAAUUGUCUACUGCCUUUGUAUUAAAUAUGUGUGCUUUAUAGGAAAUGGGUUUAUAAAUAAAUAUAAUUUUAAGUUGACUCUUUUAUGAUGCCGUAAUGACAGCCCGAUCCUCAUUUGUGUGUUAAGCGUGUUCUUUAACAAAAUUAUACAUUCACCAUUGCAAUGUAACUAGCCGAGUUUCCAGCCUUCAUCUAAUCUUCCAGAAUGGUAUUUCUGCAGUCCUAACAUUCUGCUUAAUCACUCCAAUAAAAAGAGUAGAUUUCUUUGUAAUGCAAUUUGUAAGCAAUAAACAUGAUUGAGA